GCUGUAGCGUUCAAAACAUCCGUGAUAUCCGUGAUUCAAGUAUCUGUUCAGAUACCUCGCAAAUUUCUAGUUUAGGCAUUAUCCUAGACAUUUUCUUAAUUUGAAUAUCAGCAACUGGUGUAUACUGUGGUGGUGUAGUUCACAGUGCAGCUAUCCGUGGGCACUUCAUCUACACUCAAUCAAUGCAAUAGAAUGCGAGUGCCCCUGCCAACCCCCAUUCAUGACCAGCAAAAACUUGGCGAGAGCAUUAAUUAGAGCGUUCAUUACUUGUACCAAGUGCUAGCACGUGCGAUUUCAUCAUUCCUUUGAGUAGAGAGCUAGUUUUGGUGUUGCGCAAGUUACGCCGGCAACGAUGUUCUGGAUUCUGCGGCGCACUGGUGCGGUCAACCUAUUCAGUUCCAUCAACGGUAACGAAAACACAGCAAAGACGGGGUCGAAUCAUAGCAGUAAUUCGGAGAAAAGUAAUCCCCGUCCAUCACGUAAGGCGUACGGACGGCUGAGUGUCGAAUCAGAUGAUACACAGUCGCGAGUCGAAGCCAAGACGCCGACAGUGGCCGCUUACGCUGGCGAUCAACUCGCGAUCCUGGGCUGGUGGGGAACAGCGGACAACUGCAAUACGUUGGCAGACAGGAGCAAUGAAGACGGCAAUGGUAACCGCUGGGGCUAUAUGACGAGCACCGGCACCAGGGUCGUCGAUAGCGGUACCAAACGCAGUGGUAAUCACAUCAUCAACAACAAUAACAACAACAAUCAACUGAAAAGCAAUGGGCACUUUGCGCAGACCGAGCCGAUGGUUGACCACACGCCAGUGCCAGUACCAACGGCACGGCACACAGCAUCGUUGACGGUGAAUCCUGGACUCGAUGAGGAUGCUAACCGGAACCACGUGAACUAUGGUGAAACUGACACGGAACUCGAGCUGAACAAUCACAUCAACCAACAGCAGCCCCUGUCCCAGCUUCAUACGGUGGUGCUUUCGGACGACGAUGAUUAUGAAGAAUCCCUAACGUGUAACGUGUGUGAUCGGUCAUUCCAUUGCCGCCGACAGCUGGCGUCUCAUCAGCAGAAGAAACGCCAUUUUGGAUGUAGCGGUUGCGAUAGUCUGUUUCCCACGUUGAUGCUAUUGGAGCACCACAAGGAGGAGUUCGAACACUGGAGCGACUAUGAGGACAACGAGCGACUACCAUGUUGCCGGCGUAACCGUCUCGAUGACGAAGACCACACAGAUACCGAGACUGCAACGAGUGAAGCGGAGAGCGAAGACCUAGAACGGCUGCUCUAAAUGUUAGAACCAGGACCAGCAGGUCACCUUCGGGAUUGCAAUAUUUGGGAUCAAAUGCCAAUACAAAAGUUCUGCAGAAUGAGAAUACCAUUAUUGAUAGUCCUAAAUUGUUUGAACCAUUCGAUUGGGGAAAUGCAACUGUCGCAUGGUAAAAACCCGCUAUUAGCACCCACUCUCACGGAGCACUCAAAAAUUCAUCCAUUUGGUGGCAGGGUUGAAUCAUUAGCUAACGUUAAAGAAACGGGUGAUCGGGUAACGCAACCGAAAAAAAUCGCUGUUUUACUAUUAAAAUGUAGCUUUUCCACCCCUUCCUCCUUCCCUAAUGCAUUUAGUUACGUUUCCACAUAUUUUUAUGCAGGUUUAAUUAUCAAAAAAGUGUUAAUUAACGAUAUUUUUGGUCACUCAGUAACUUAUCAUCAGUGGGGGGCCUAUUUCUUUGUUUGUUUGAGUUUUGUAAAUCAUUCUACCUAUAGUUUUAACUUAACAUUGCAUGUAUUGGGCCUACAAUAGAGCGUAAAGCGCGUAAUCAGAAGACCAAUCACAACUUAACGCGACAAAUAGUUGCAUUUACCCGAUCACCCGUUUCUUUAACGUUAGCUAAUGAUUCAACCCUGCCACCACGGUUGAAUUUUUGAGCGCUCCGUGAGAGGGGGUGCUAAUAGUGGGUUUUUACCAUGAUUUUGAUGCUUGUGGUAUCUAUCGGAUAAAGGCAAACAAAAACUCAAAAAAACAUUUUUUACUGACAAGUAACUAGCCAAGUAAGGAAGAAAUAAUCAAGAGCGGUUGAGCUAAUGAUUCACACUAUAUACGGGCUACUAGAAAUACCUGCAGACAAUCACAAUGCCAUCGCCAAAAAACUAUGUGCUAUGGUUUUGGUUGAUGCGAGUUGUUCAGUUUUUGUAUUGACUACUGGUGCACCGCUCAACGAGGUAGGUAUGCAAAGAGCUAAAUUGCCAUUUGUUUAAUGCUAUUAUAGGGUAUCCGGAUUUGUAUAACAGCAUGUAUAGCCUCACCUGCAUACGACAUUUCUCUAAACGUGAUCAAAACUCGUAGUACGGAAUUGAUAAAUUGAACAAAUCGAGAAUCGAGCAAAGAUCAAGAGUAGGACAACACUCGGGAAGAAAGUAAAACGCAAAUUGGAUGAUUUGAAACUUAGUUACUUCUGAAAACUAUAAUCCAUAUUUAGAUGCAGAACGUAAUACACGAUUAUACAUUAUCAUAUGUACGACAGAUACAGUGGUGUUCGAAUUAAUAAGAGCAAAACUUUGAUUUCACUUGUACGGCUCAUAUCUAGUUUUUGUAAAGGAUUUAGGGCCAAUUCUGAUUUUUUCAUUAAUGUACUAGUAAUAACGAAGAGAAAUGGCUCAAAUGGUUAUCAGUGCAGCCUUUGUUUAUCGAUCAAGACAGUCGUUUGAUAAACAGUGCUAAAUCUGGUUGUUCGAAAUAAUAAGAGCCCAAAUCGGAAAAGAUACUUUAUCAGUCUCUCUGUUGCACAAAAGCCAUCCAACGGUAUAUUUCUGUUGCUAAUUGAAAUGUAGAUGAUGUUUAAAGAUUUUUUUCAUAAA